AACUUUGUAAAGGCAGAUAAAGAAGUAAGCGCGCAGAUGGACUUUCCUUUAGUCACAGGCUACAUUCCUCUCCUUCUCCGUGUGGCUGGGGUGUGGGAGGGACACUUGCACAUUUGUCACUGCACUAAUGUAGCCAUGGGGUUUGAGUACAGUGCAGAGUCUCUCUCUCACUAGCGUGUUUCAGUGGUGUGUGUAUAGUCUAAUGGAAAGAAUGCUUACCUUGGAAUAGCAGGAUCUGAACCGGGGACCUCCUGUACGGAUCAGGAGCUGGCAUCUCACUAUGCAGGCCAUUCGCUGCACUCUGGUGAACUGCACCUGUGAGUGUUUCCAGCCAGGAAAGAUCCACCUGCGUACAUGUGACCAGUGCAAGCACGGCUGGGUGGCUCACGCGCUGGACAAGCUGAGCACGCAGCACCUGUACCACCCCACCCAGGUGGAGAUAGUUCAGUCCAACGUGGUGUUUGACAUCAGCAGCCUGAUGCUGUACGGGACCCAGGCGGUGCCGGUCAGACUGAAGAUCCUGCUGGACCGUCUGUUCAGUGUUCUGAAGCAGGAGGAGGUGCUCCACAUACUGCACGGCCUGGGCUGGACCCUGAGGGACUAUGUCAGGGGCUACAUACUGCAGGUAGGUGGGAGUCAGGGACACGGUUCUGAUACAGACGUGUGUUACUAGAACCGUAGUAGCUAAACACACAGGAACACGUCAUGGUCAUUCACAGUGUAAUAUUUAAACAAUAAGGCCCGAGGAGGUGUGGUAUAUGGCCG